AUGGAGGAGCACAACCUCACCGCGGUGACAGAAUUCAUUCUGCUGGGCAUCACAGACCGUCCUGAGCUGCAGGCUCCACUGUUUGUGCUGUUCCUCGCCAUCUACCUGACCUCACUGGUGGGCAAUGUGGGCAUGAUCGUCCUCACCCAGGUGGACUCCAGGCUGCAAACACCCAUGUACUUUUUACUCAGACAUUUGGCAAUUACAGACCUUGGUUAUUCCACAGCAGUGGGACCCAAAAUGUUGGAAAAUUUCACUGUGGAUAGAAAUACAAUCUCCUAUCACUGUUGUGCUAUGCAGUUAGCUUUUUUUCUUUUGUUCAUUGCUUGUGAACUUUUAAUUUUGGCCGCUAUGUCCUAUGACCGCUAUGUGGCUAUCUGUCACCCUCUCCUUUACAAUAUCAUCAUGUCACAAAAAAAAUGUUGGGUGUUAAUGGCAAUGUCCUACCUGUACUGCACAUUUGUGUCUCUUCUGGUCACCAUGAAGGUUUUCACUUUGUCCUUCUGUAGAUCCAAUAUCAUCAGUCAUUUCUACUGUGACAAUCUUCCAUUGUUGUCCUUGGCCUGCUCAGACACGUAUGAAGCUGAGGUGAUAAUUUUAUUCUUAUCAGCUUUGAAUUUAAUUUCCUCUCUUCUGAUUAUCCUUGUGUCUUACCUUCUCAUCCUCAUAGCCAUUCUGAGGAUGAACUCUGCGGAGGGCAGGCGCAAGGCCUUCUCCACCUGUGGGUCCCACCUGACCGUGGUCACAGUGUUCUACGGGACUUUGAUAUUUAUGUACGUGCAGCCCAAGGACAGUCACUCCAAAGACACUGACAAAGUGGCUUCCAUAUUUUACACCCUGGUCAUCCCCAUGUUGAAUCCUUUGAUCUACAGCUUGAGAAAUAAAGAUGUAAAAGAUGCCCUGCAAAGGUCACUGGGAAAACUACGCAAUAUCUUCUCUUACAAUUCUCAAACAGUGUGA